CAGUCCACACCAUUGCGAUUUCCCUGUCACUACGUGAAAUACCGCCAGAGUGAUACCGAUCGAAUCCGGACCACUCGUCUUUGUCGCCUUGGCCAUCAACAUACACUGGUCCGAGGGGAAGCGGGGAAUAGAAGGGAUUAGCGACAGCAUGUCGAGCCCUUACCAGAACAUCCCAUCGGGCCUGCCACAGGAUGGAGUCUUGCCGCGGAAUAGACCUCCAUAUGCAUUCGCGUCAGGUGCGAAUCCCGCGACCUUACCGUCCUCCCAUCCCUCGUUGGGUCGUCUUUCGCAUCUCCUCAACCUGCCGCAAACCACCAACUCGGAGCUUUAUACCACUCGCCACUCUUAUAUUCGAACUGGCAGCGGCGCCGACUUGGAUAGGAACCUCAAUACUUCAAACAACGCGACUUCGGACCUGCGACAGCAGCCUUCUCAAUUGCCAUCUUUUUCUAGGGCAUUUGAGAUGUUCGUGAACCCCAUUGGAGACAGUGUAUGGUCGACUCGGCAUCGGAGUAAUGGUCCGUUUACACCUUCAUACCUCGCCAAUUCAGCCUAUAUGCACAAGUUGGAGGAGGCGUAUGGAAUUAAACAGGCACAAAGGGAGAUCCAGCAGCAGGCAAGUGGAGGUAAUGGCCUCCAGACAAGCCAAGCUUCCACGCCCUCCAUACCUGGCAAACCAGCCUCGUACUUGGGUUUGGCCUACGACGUGAUCGAACGACCCCCUACACUGGAAGACGAUGACGUACUUCCACCACUACCGACCAGAUGGAAUAAAGACGACAAACAUGGCGGGCUCGAAGUCAUGGCUGAGGGCCAAGAAGUGAAAUACACGGCACAGAGAACACAAGAUAGGGACUACGAGGCUUAUGCUAUUCGGGCAGACCAUGCUGUGCCGAAUCAAGCCGGCAUCUACUAUUACGAAAUCACACUCCUUUCUAGGAAAAGGGACGAGACGACAGUUUGCGUUGGCUUCACCACAAAAUCAGUAUCACUAGCUCGACCUCCCGGAUGGGAGGCCGAAUCAUAUGGCUACCAUGGCGACGAUGGACAGAUCUACAGUGGUGCGAAUCAGGGCAAGCCCUACGGGCAUGUCUUCUCCACAGGCGACACAAUAGGCUGUGGUAUCAACUUCCGGACUGGUAAUAUAUUCUUUACACGUAAUGGCGUUAACCAAGGUGUGGCGUUCAGGGAUGUUAAGGGGAAGCUGUUUCCUGUCGUUGGGAUGAAGCGGAAUGGUGAACACAUCCAGGCUAAUUUUGGACAAACCCCUUUCAUCUAUGACAUUGACGGAAUGAUGAAACAAGAGCAGGCCAAAGUCAAGAAGGCAAUUUCCGAGACCAGUACUGCCAAAUUGGCUGGCCCCUCAAUAAGCGAACCAGACCUAAUACAACAGUUGGUUUUGCAAUUCUUACAACACGAUGGUUAUGUCGAGACCGCAAGAGCAUUUGCUGAAGAGAUCCAAGCAGAGAAACAGGCACUCAACCUCGAACCCGAUGUCCCUGUGGAAGGUAUCAACAUUAAGGAUGACGAAGACGCCAACCGUAGACAGCGUAUUCGACGGGCUAUCCUAGAUGGUGACAUAGAUAAGGCAUUUAAGUAUGCCAAUCUAUACUAUCCUAACGUCCUCAAGGAUAAUGAGCAGGUCUACUUCAGAUUACGCUGCCGAAAAUUCAUUGAAAAGGUUUGGCGCUCGUCGUGUCUCAGCAACCACGAAAAGAUAUCCAGCAAGAAGAGCAAUGGUCAUGCUGUCGACGAUAAUCUUAAUGAGAUGGAUCUCGACGAGGACGACUAUUCUGACCAGAUGGACACUCAAGAUACUCCGGAGUUGGUCAGUGAAGAGGCUGUCACGGCUUCCUUGAACGAGACUAUAGCCUACGGGUGCGAACUGCAAGAAGAGUUCAAGGAUGAUUCAAGACGCGAAGUCAGGAAGACAUUGCAAGAUGUGUUCUCACUCAUGGCAUACACAAAUCCGCCCAAGGAGAAGGAUUUGGCGCACUUUUUUACAAGAAAAGCUCGAGCUACGGUAGCUGAAGAGCUCAACUCCGCUAUUCUAUCGUCACUGGGCAGAUCAUCUCGUUCUGCUUUAGAGACCCUCUAUGGCCAGACCAGCGUCUUACUGGACUACUUGCGUGAAGAUGGAGGGCCAGGAUCUUUCGUUACUGUCGAGGGUUUGAUCGACGAGAUCCCGAAGAACCCAUAUUAGAACUAUGCUGUCGACAAGUUCCCGCCGUCCUUGGACAUGAGUCAUGAUCCGGAUCUGAUGGUAUAUAUAUCGUUUGUCAUCGCUCGAAAGACACGUCUGGCUUUGGGGCUUGAAAAAUGACCUGGCCAGCAUAUACUUUCCGCUGGUCAUUCAAUCGCAACUUCUUCGGCAAUAUGCUUAGUAGAUGGUUGAAAAGGCAUUCUAUAUUGGGGCAGUACUGCGCAACCCCCACGUUUGAGGCCCAUUCGUAGCACACAUUUUCCUGACAU